CAAAAAAAAAAGUGAUGUGAGAAUCCAGAAUAAUUUUGUGCAGUAAUUUAUUCCAAGAGGGAAGCCAAAUCCUGGGUAUAUGCCCAUACGGGAUUGGACAAGAUCGAGGGACAAUUAUGUUACACAAACUGAAAUACCGGGACAAGUUAAAAUGUUCAUAUGCCAUUUGCUUGAUACUGAUCCUGUCUUUCUUGGCCACUUUGACAGAUGGCCAGACCAGAGAUCCUCGUUUCUAUUCACGUGUCGGCGUCAAUGACUAUCAUUGGCCCAAUCCUGGUGAUCCUGAUUACAGAACUUAUACAUUCAAUGAUCGUCGUUAUGGUCAUUAUCAACCGAAUGGUUUUGGUGCCAAUUUUCCGGGCAGAAAUCCACCAGGACAAUAUCCUCAGGGUAUGCCCAAUGAGGAUCGUUUCCGUUUUGAUCCGAAUGACCCCAAUGCGCGAACUCAGUUCCCUGGUGUAUUGGCCGGAUGGCGUGAAGAUUUACAGGGCAAACAGCGUCGCGACUCAUUGACACUCGAACGCGAUGUUUUUGUCACAACCAACUAUGGCCAGGUGCAGGGCUUUAAGGUCUAUAUGUAUGAUAAUCCCGAUCCGAAAUCAUUCUAUCGUCCCUAUCAUUCCACUGUCGAUCGUGUAAUGGGCGAAUGUUCGGUCUUCUUGGGCAUACCCUAUGCCCUGCCGCCCACAUUUGAAGGACGCUUUAAGCCUCCACGACCGCAUCGAGGUUGGCAAUUGCUGCAAGCCGUCGAUUUUGGUCCAGCCUGUCCACAGCCAGUGCGUUAUACAGGUGCCACCAAAGGUGUAAUGGACAUGGAUGAGGAUUGUCUGUACUUGAAUGUUUAUUCGCCAAAGACUGGCGCUGGAGUGGCUCAAAAGUAUCCGGUUAUGGUAUAUAUCCAUGGAGGUGAAUUUAUUCGCGGAGCCUCAAAUCUCUUCCAGGGUCACAUGUUAGCCUCAUUCUAUGAUGUUGUGGUGGUUACUCUAAAUUACCGCCUGGGAGCCUUGGGCUUCCUUUCAACCGGCGAUGAGAAUUCGCCGGGCAAUUACGGAAUAUUGGAUCAGGCUUUGGCUUUGAAAUGGGUCUACGAUAACAUAGAGUUCUUCAAUGGUGAUCGAGAGUCCAUAACACUGUUUGGUCCUGGAGCUGGUGGAGCAUCGGCUGGUCUUUUGAUGGUCGCACCGCAAACGCGAAAUAUCGUGAAACGUGUCAUAGCCCAGUCUGGCUCCGCAUUGGCCGAUUGGGCUCUUAUUCAGGACAAGUAUCGAGCCCAGAACACAAGUCGUGUUCUCGGACAACUUUUGGGCUGUUCCAUAGAGUCGUCAUGGAAAUUGGUUAACUGCCUACGCACCGGUCGCAGUUUCUAUGAAUUGGGAAAUGCGGAAUUCUCACCUCAAGUCGGCAGCUUUCCAUGGGCUCCAGUUUUGGAUCACAACUUUACAUUGCCUGGUGAUGAUUGGUAUGAGGGUUGGCGUCAAAAAGAUUGGCGUUUCCUCACCCAAACCCCAGAGACCUUAAUACGAGCUGGUCGAUUUAAUCGGAAUAUACAAUAUAUGACGGGUGUGACCACACAGGAAGCUGCCUUUUUCAUAGCACAAAACGAAUCACUGGCACCCUAUUACGAGAUAGAUGGACGAUUCUUUGAACAGAAGGUGCGAGAACAUGUCUUUCGUUACAAUUAUACGCUCAAUCCGAAUGGAGUGUACGAGGCAAUCAAAUAUAUGUACACAUUUUGGCCAGAUCCCAAUAACAAUACCAUUAUGAGAGAUGAAUAUAUCAAUAUGCUUAGUGAUUUAUACUAUCGUGCUCCUGUGGAUCAGAUGGUUAAAUUAAUGCUCGAACAAAAGGUUCCUGUAUAUAUGUAUGUACUAAACACCACAGUGGAAGCCUUAAAUUUACCGCAAUGGCGAAAAUAUCCUCAUGACACGGAGCAUUAUUUCCUAACUGGUGCCCCCUUUAUGGACACUGAAUUCUUCCCGAAAAAAGAACAUUUACAACGGAACAUGUGGACCGACAAUGAUCGUAAUAUGAGUCAUUUCUUCAUGCAGACCUAUUCGAAUUUCGCCAGAUAUGGAAAUCCCACACCUCAACAAGUUCUGGGCAUGCACUUUCAACGUGCCUAUCAAGGAGAGAUACGAUAUUUGAACAUUAAUACCACAUACAACUCUUCGAUUCUGCUGAAUUAUCGGCAAACUGAGUGCGCCUUCUGGACCCAAUAUUUGCCCACAGUCAUUGGAGUGCUGGUACCCACAUAUCCGCCCACUACGGAAUAUUGGUGGGAGCCCAAGGAACCACUGCAAAUAGCCUUCUGGAGCAUGUCGGUGACUUGUUUCUUCCUCAUUGUGCUGGUUGUGAUCUGUUGCAUUAUGUGGCGAAAUGCCAAACGUCAAUCGGAUCGCUUCUACGAUGAAGAUGUCUUUAUAAAUGGAGAUGGAAUAGAGCCGGAAACUGAUCCUCGUGGUGUGGACAAUGCCCAUAUGGUGACAAAUCAUCAUGCUCUGCGCUCCAGAGAUAACAUCUACGAGUAUAGAGACUCACCGUCAUCCAAGACAUUGGCCAGUAAGGCUCACACGGAUACAACAUCAUUACGUUCGCCCAGCUCCCUAGCCAUGACCCAAAAAUCUGGAAGUCAAGCGUCCCUUAAGUCAGGCAUAUCCCUAAAGGAGACCAAUGGCAGUCUGGUUAAAUCGGAACGAGCAGCCACUCCGCGAUCCCAGACAAAUGGCAAGUCCCCGAAUCCAGGACCAAUUGAAGAGAAACGUUUGCUGCAACCCAUUUCCAGUACGCCUGUGCCCCAACUUCAAGCCGAGCCCGUAAAGCGGACAACACCUGGCCCAGCAGCUAGUAUAUCUGGCAGCAGUCGAAGCAAUACUCCGGUGCCCAUGGCUAGGACAACCACGACCACAACGGCCACUCUGACGACACAACCACCUGCAGCUGGUCGGUCAGUUGACCAGCCCAGACGUACAGAGCUAGUGGAGGGCAUACCUCAGACAUCAGUCUAAGUAACCGCUCUCUAAGCGCGGGAUGCGUUUAGAGAGUGAAAUAAACCAUAAUCCUUUCAAAAAAAUGAACAAAGAGAGAUGUGUUCGAGGAUCUCUUUUUUGAAGUCCUGGUUUGUAAGUUUAGUUAUAUUUAUUUUUUAAACAGAUCUUAAAGAUCUCAGUCCCUAAGUAAAAUUAUUUUGUAAUUAACAUUUUGUUUGUAAUUUAAUUAUAUGCCUAGAUUAUUUUGUAUAUUUGUUUUAAGUUCGACAACCCAACGAAUACGAAUCCAUAUCAAUGACAUUCCAAUAAUUUUAGUUUUUGUGGCCUUCAGAGCAACUAGAAAAUGCCUUUCAAUGUAUGUAUAUACUAUAUAUAUAUAUAUAUUUAACUUAAAUUAAGUGUAGUCCGUAAGUAGGUUAAAUAUUUUAAUCUGUCACUAAAGUUAUAAGUUCAAAAUAUAAAAGCAAUAAAGUUUUUAGAAAAGUUGAUUAAUUUGAACAAAUCAAAA